UCUUGGCCAAAACCAUCACGGUGGUGCUGGCCUUCCUGGCCACAAAACCAGGAAACCGAGUGAAGAGAUGGUUGGGGAAGAGCUUGGCCAACUCCAUCAUCCUUUCUUCUUCUGCUGUCCAAAUUAUCAUCUGCUCCACCUGGCUGGGAGUUUCUCCCCCCUUCCCUGACUCUGACCUCCACUCCCAGCCUGGAGAGAUCGUCCUGCAAUGCAACGAAGGGGCCGUUGUCCUGUUCUACGUCACCCUCAGCUACAUGGGCUUCCUGGCUGCCAUCUGCUUCACGGUGGCUUUCCUGGCCAGGAAUCUGCCUGGGGCCUUCAACGAAGCCAAGCUGAUCACCUUCAGCAUGCUGGUCUUCUGCAGUGUCUGGGUGACUUUUGUGCCCACCUACCUGAGCACCAAAGGGAAAUACAUGGUGGCUGUGCAGGUCUUCUCCAUCCUGGCCUCCAGUGCUGGUCUGCUGGGCUGCAUCUUCAUCCCCAAGUGCUGCAUUAUCCUUCUGAGGCCAGACCUGAACACAAAGGAGCAGCUUAUGACCAGAACAAAUGGAAUGGAUGAGAAUGAUUCAGAACCAAAUCUGAUGUCACUGCAAGGAACUGGACGUGACCUGGAAGGAGAGUCAUAUCCGGCUCCAUUGGGACCUCAAAGGCCUGAGGAACAGCAGCCAAACAGACAAGAGGAGCAGCCAUUUCAGUGCUCAAUGGGUGGAAAAAGGAAGAGGAGAUCCCUCACUUCCCAUCAAAGGAUCCCCUCGGGGAGAAAUCACCUGAAGGCAUGAAGCGUGGAACUCCACCGUAGAUAGAUAGAUCUUGAAUGGUUGAACAGAUGCUUCCAUCCAUUUCUGCACAUUUCAAUGAGGUGUUUCUGCUCCUUCUUCCUGAAGAAGAAUUACGGAUCGAUCCAGCCAACCACUCUGGAAGCUCCAGGAGCUUCCUUUCGAAGGUUGACCAGGGAUGCCAGAGGCCAUCCUGCCAGGGAGUCUCUUGAGGGCCUCUCUCAGCUUUUCCAGAGAAGCCAUCCCAGGACACUUUGCCUGGAUUCUGGGAAUGUCUUGGCUUUCAGAUUCUCCCCAGAAGCUUCUCCGGUUUACACGGCAGCAUCGGAGGUUUUGUGUCUUCAAGAGCUUCUCUCUUGUCUUCCGGUGUUGUCAUGUCCGCCCUUGUGUUUCUUUUGGACUCUGUACUAUUAAGUGGUACCGGCUGCUCUCUGCACAUCAGUCACCUGCAGCUGUUCUUCCUCAAUUCUUUCUCUCUGGAAAAAUCGGAAGGUUAGAGAUGAAUUUGGACCACCAACCAAAUUUUCUCAGUUAACCACAAUGGCAACUCCAAAAGCACAUAAAUAGUUUGGGGCAGCAGGAAGUAUGGGUGUUAAAAUUUUUCUCUUAUACAUAUCUUUGAAAAAUCCCAUUCACUUCCAUGGGACUUACUCCUAGCUUUGUAUAGGUAGGACUAAAAGUGUCAGGAGCCAGACAUUCAUGAAUUUUUUCUUUCUUUUGGAAUUUUAUUUUACAAAUUUAGGGAUGUUUGUAGUACAAUAGAUGUUUCAAUCCAUUCUGGGAUUCCUCGGGAGCUUUUCCAAGUUCUUCAAGUCCUCCUCCUGGUCCUCUCCUUCCCCGUGUGAUGUUCCAGCCCCUUCAGCACGGCGGUCGGUCUCUGGCUCUGGAAGACUCAGAAGGGGAGAUUUAGUAGUAAGUGUUCAAAUGGAGCCUCCCC